CUCUCGUUCUUGUUUAAAAUAAUGAUUUCGUAUUCUAAUAAUCCUUUUGUUUACACUUUAAUAUUUCUCCUAUCAAUCGGCAACACGAUUGCAUUCUCUUCCAGUUCGUCGCUUCAUACUCAAGAUCCGAAUCUAGUAGUUGAUGAGGUCAACAGGAGUGUAUUCAAUGCAUCAAGGAGGAGCCUGGCCUACCUAUCUUGUAGAACUGGAAAUCCUAUCGAUGAUUGUUGGCGUUGCGAUCCAAACUGGGAGACUAACCGCCAACGGCUAGCGGAUUGUGCUAUAGGGUUUGGCAAACACGCUAUCGGAGGCCGCGGUGGCCGAAUUUACGUGGUUACAGAUCCGGCCAACGACGAUCCAGUGAAUCCUAGACCGGGAACCCUUAGACAUGCUGUCACGCAAGAAGAGCCAUUAUGGAUCAUUUUCAAGAGAGAUAUGGUCAUUAGGCUUAAGAAGGAACUGAUCAUCACAUCUUUUAAGACCAUUGAUGGUAGAGGCUCAAGUGUUCACAUAACCGAUGGACCAUGCAUCAAGAUCCACUAUGCAACUAACAUCAUCAUUCAUGGAAUCAACAUCCAUGACUGCAAACCAGGAUCUGCUGGGAUGAUUAGAGAUGGUCCACGUCACACUGGGUGGUGGGUCAAAUCAGAUGGAGACGCAGUGGCGAUAUUUGGAGGGAAGCAUGUGUGGAUCGACCAUUGCUCGUUCUCAAACUGCGAUGAUGGUCUGAUAGACGCCAUACAUGGUUCGACGGCUAUAACUAUAUCGAACAACCACAUGACGCACCAUGACAAGGUCAUGCUUUUAGGACACCACGAUAGCUACACACAGGACAAGAACAUGCAAGUCACCAUUGCGUUUAACCAUUUCGGAGAAGGGCUCGUUCAAAGGAUGCCACGGUGCAGGCAUGGAUAUUUCCAUGUUGUGAACAAUGAUUAUACUCACUGGGAAAUGUAUGCCAUCGGUGGAAGUGCUUCUCCGACGAUAUUCAGCCAAGGAAAUAGAUUUCUCGCUCCUAAUACCCGGUUCAAUAAAGAGGUUACAAAACGUGAAGACGCACCCGAAAGCAAAUGGAGACAUUGGAACUGGAGAUCGGAAGGGGAUAUAUUGUUGAACGGAGCAUAUUUCCGGCAAUCCGGUGCUAGAUCUUCAUCAACUUAUGCAAGAGCUUCUAGUCUAAGCGCGAGGCCAUCAUCGCUUGUGGGUUCCAUCACGACGACGGCAGGAACACUAAGUUGUCGUCGAGGUCAUCGCUGUUAAUUAUCAGUAUAACAAUGAUAAUGAAAUCGUUAAGAGGAAAUAAUUGUUUAUGCAAUGGUUCGUGUGUUCUAAACUUCUAAUUAAUGAAUGGUUCUUUUUGUUUUAAGUUUUCAUUGUAAUGUUAAAAAGU